UCGGCCGCCAUGUUGGCUGGCGUGUGGGUGUCAAACGCUGCACGGGCUCGGGUCGCUCCCGCCUCUCCAGCGUUGCCGGCGGCUGCAGCCUUGCACUGGCGCGGGCCGGGAACGGAGGGCAUGGCUUGCAGCUUCUGGGACCUGAGGAUUUGGAGGAGGAAAUGACUGUUGAACAUCUUUCUGUUCCCCCUGCAUUACGCCACUGAAGCUCUUCCUAGAGUGCAGACUCAGGGGAAAGAAAAGUUUCUCUUGAAGGGCUUUACAUUUCUGACAAAAGAUAAAAAUGACAACUUCAUCUAUCAGACGGCAGAUGAAAAACAUUGUGAACAAUUACUCAGAGGCUGAAAUCAAAGUUCGGGAAGCCACCUCCAAUGACCCGUGGGGCCCAUCUAGCUCUCUGAUGACUGAGAUUGCUGACCUGACCUACAAUGUAGUGGCUUUUUCAGAGAUCAUGAGCAUGGUUUGGAAGCGACUUAAUGACCAUGGGAAGAACUGGCGGCAUGUGUACAAGGCCCUGACACUGCUGGACUACCUUAUCAAAACUGGUUCUGAGCGGGUAGCCCAGCAGUGCCGUGAGAACAUCUUUGCCAUUCAGACUCUGAAGGACUUCCAGUACAUUGACCGUGAUGGCAAAGAUCAGGGUAUCAAUGUGCGAGAGAAAUCAAAGCAGCUGGUUGCUCUCCUCAAAGAUGAGGAGCGAUUGAAGACUGAGAGGAUCCAGGCUCUCAAAACCAAAGAGCGCAUGGCUCAGGUGGCCACUGGCGUGGGCAGCAACCAGAUUACCUUCGGCCGUGGCUCCAGCCAGCCCAACCUUUCUACUAGCUACUCGGAGCAGGAGUAUGGCAAGGCUGGGGGCUCACCGGCCUCCUACCAUGGCUCACCAGAGGCCUCGCUGUGCCCCCAGCACCGCACAGGGGCCAUGCUGGGUCAGAGUGAGGAGCUGCAGCCACUGAGCCAGCGCCACCCCUGCCUGCCGCACCUGGGGCUAGCCUCCCGUCCAAAUGGCGACUGGGCCCAGCCCUGCCUCACUUGUGACCGCGCAGCCCGAGGUCCUCCUAGAGCUCCACAGAGCUUCCUCUCCUUUUCCUCUGCCCUAGACUGGGACUCAGCUACUUCCCCACGAGUGUCUUCAGAGCUGGAGCAGGCCCGGCCACAGACGAGUGGAGAAGAGGAGCUGCAGCUGCAGCUGGCACUUGCCAUGAGCAGAGAGGUGGCAGAACAGUCAUCAGAAAGCGUGCAGACAGCCAGAGGCAGCAAGGAAGAACGCCUCAGGCGGGGUGAUGACCUCAGAUUGCAGAUGGCUCUGGAAGAAAGCCGGAGAGACACAGUUAAAGUUCCAAAAAAGAAAGAGAUGAAAGCUUGCUGCAAGCCGAGCUCCCACUCACAGCAGACUACUUUGUUGGAUUUAAUGGAUGCUCUCCCCAGCUCAUGCCCUGUUACCCAGAAAACUGAACCCUGGGGCCCAGUGGCCUCUGCUAACCAAACCAACCCCUGGAGUGGAACAGCAGCUCCUGCGAACAUUUCCGAACCCUGGCCAUCAUUUGGUACUAAGCCAGCCGCCUCUGUGGACCCAUGGGGAGUGCCUACCACAGUCAGCACACAGUCUGUCCCUAAGAACCCAGACCCCUGGGCAGCCUCACAGCAGCCUGCCUCCAGUGCUGGGAAAACAGCAGAUGCCUGGGGACCUGCCAAGCCUGGCUCUGCCUCAGGGUCCUUUGAACUCUUCAAUAAUUUCAAUGGUACAGCUAAAGAUGACUUUUCUGAAUUUGACAACCUUCGAACUUCAAAAAAGCCAGCUGAAUCAGGGGCCUCAGUACCACCCCAGGACAGCAGAACCACAAGUCCUGACCUCUUUGAGUCUCAACCCCUGACUUCUGCCUCCAGCAAGCCUAGCAGUGCCCGGAAAACACCUGAGUCCUUCCUGGGCCCUAAUGCAGCCCUGGUGAACCUGGACUCCCUGGUGACCAAACCUGCACCACCAGUCCAGUCCCUCAAUCCGUUUCUGGCACCAGGUGCUGCCACCCCAACCCCUGUCAACCCCUUCCAGGUCAACCAGCCCCAGCCGUUGACACUGAAUCAGCUUCGGGGGAGCCCUGUCCUUGGGAGCAGUGCAUCCUUUGGGUCUGGUCCAGGGAUGGAACCUGUGGCUCCUGUGACCUCAGUAGCCCCACACUCAACAUUGGGGGCCAGUGGCUCUUCGUUAACACCACUAGGCCCUACAGCAAUGAACAUGGUAGGCAGUGUGGGCAUUCCCCCAUCAGCAACUCAGGCCACGGGCACAACCAACCCUUUCCUUCUCUAGUGCCCAGGCUGGUAUUUGCCUGAGUGAACACCCAGAGUGCCGAGCCCAAGGAGGUCAAGUGGGAACUCACUCUGAUUUGUGUAAUGGUCGAGAAUGUGGUGGUAGGGGUGUUAGAGCUUCAGGUCCAGCUUCCUGGUGAAAGGGUGGUUAUUAUAGUCCAGACUUUCAGGCUGGAGUACGGGUGGGAUGGCCUCCCUGUCCUAGCUGGGCCCCUGUCUGUGUCUCUUCCUAAGUGCUCAGCUCUGACUGUGCUCCACUGAGGUCUUGAACAAAGAGGUGUUAUCAGUGUUGCCCAAGAUUCUGGGAUGCUGUCUAGCCCAGGACUUGGGACAGUUACAUUGUGUGCCCCACCCCAGCACACCUCAGGGUGUGGACAAGGUGAAGCUCUGGCCCCACUCCCCACUGACUGUUGGAAAGUGGUUCUGCAUAUUUUACUUUUCCUUAGACUCGUGGGAGUCUGAGAUAAACACUAGUGUGGGGCUUUAAGCUGACCAGAGCACAGCCCUGCCCCGUGGCUCUGUGCUUGUGCACGUUUGCACAUUUUGUUGAGUACAGUUUCCUAUUUCAGUUUGCAGAAUUAUCUAAUAGUCUUUUUUUGGCUAAUAUUUUUAUAAUGUGGUUCUUAUUUAACUGUCUAGUUUUGAUAGAAUUGACCAAGUCUGGCUGAAUUAAGGUCUUGGCACGUAUUAUUUUAGUGGUCUAAUUUCUCUUAUUUAUGGUUUUAACUGUAAGAAAACUUUAAAAGAAGAGAUAUUUGGAUGACAAAAAUAUGCCUUAUGGAAAACUAAGCAAAUUCUUUAUAGGAAAAAAAUUGAGAAUUUGAUUACACAGAAAGAAUUUUAUUAAAACAAAACAAAAACUUCCAACCAUAACAAAAACCUGCAGCCUCCAGUUGCCUUUUUCCUUUUUUCAGCUCUUUUGAUGAAUUACCAAAUCAGUUGAUCCUUCAGCCUUUUGCCUAGAUCCUGAGAGGCUUUUUUGCUACUAGUAUAUUGACAUCUUAAUGUUAAAGGAAAAACAAACACGCAUGAUUGUGACUUGCCAGUUUUUAUCGACUACUUCCUUUCUUUGUACCUGGCGCACAGGGAUUGCCAGGAACUUCCGUUUACUGCACACCAGAAGUGUGGCUGGGGCCCCAUCGUCAUGCUCAGGUUAAUGAGACUGUGUGAAAAUGGGGGGGCUGUGCACUUCUGGGCUCAUAGGUCACCCGAGUUAGGACAGGGACUGACUCUGAUGUGUGCUGCCAGCUCCACUCAGACUGUUGACCAGGAAGUGAUCAUACCUUAUGUUGGAGAUGAAAAAGAAUGUUCACAUGGCGUCCAUUUUUAACAGACGCGCACUGAUACUAUAUUCUCUGCCGACCUCCUGUUUCCUCACUCACUUACUGCUAAGGAAAGUAUUAAAUCCUGAAUUAGAGACCACAGACUUGCUUUUCCUCAGAGAAAGGAUUGCUCCUUCUUGGUCCUGGCAGUUUGUGUGGCUGGCCUUUCUGCCCUGUCUCACUAUAUGAAGUUCUUACUUCAAGGACACCCAACCCCAUGCCAGCCCCUCUGCAUCCAGGGAAAGUUUUGGUCCUCAGCAUCUAUAUGGUUGACUGAGUGGUUCCUGCUUGAGGAGGACUGCACUCAAGCCCCUCCUGAGUCUGAGAGCCCACAUGCUGCUCCUAGGCCCCGCAGACCAAGGUCCCUUCCUAAUUACACGCUCCUCCCAGGGCUAGAGGCCUACGGGUGGGCUUGGGCUCUGCUGUUGAGGAAGACUGAAGACUGGGCUCCUGCUUGGGACAGGGGGACAGGGCAGUGUUUCAGAUGGCACUUCCUUCGGAUUGGAUAUGCCAGGUCCAGAUCUGCCUGCUGAGGGCCGGUGAUUCUGCUGCAGAAGAUGAGAGUCCUUCUGACUGAGGCCCCACCCCAAUAGCCACUCGGUUCCCUCCUCCCACAGGAUAUCCAGCGCAUGUCCCUGUUACCCACUGCACUGAUCAUGAAGCCACUGGCCACUGCCAUGUGUGUUGCACACGUGCCACCAUGCCCUUCCUGACGGACACCCUAGGGAAGAUAUCCAGCUGUUCCUCAGACCCAGGGCUGGUGGUUGGUUUUGGAUUCGUGUUGACUGUUGAUACUUAUUUACUGUAUAAAUAUAAUUUAUCAUUUGUAUCAUGA